AUGGACAGUGACGACGAUUACCAGUCAUUUUUACCUCCAAAGGAAUCGUCGCCGAAAGUCCAGUAUCAGAGGCUCAAACGACUGAAGAAAUCAAAUUCCGAGCCACCAAAAGAAUCCUGGAAACUAUCAAUUAACGAUCCACUUCUGUUCCCCCAAGUUGAUUAUGCGAAAUUGGAAGCUUUGGAAAAUGGUUCUGAAACCCUAGACUUCAAUGAUUCUAUUUUGAAUCAAGAACCAUUUAUGUCGCAGGAAUCUCAGUCGGAGGGGUUUGAUGACGAGAAGGAGAAUGAACUAGAGAAUCAGAAACAGAAGGAAGUGAAUUCUGUGGUUAACAAAACUAAGAGGGCUUUGCAGUUUGAUGAUGGCGUGGCUGUAGGGUUUGAGAAGGAGAAUGGAUUAGAGAAUCCGAAAGAGAAGGAAGUGAAUUUUGGGAUUGGUGCGGAGGUUAACAAAACUAAGAGGGGUUUGGAGUUUGACGACAACGUGGCUGUCGUGUUUGAUGGAUAUGAAGGUGGGAUUGGAAGGAAUGUUGAUUUAGGUUUGGAUAGUUUUGAGAGGAAACGGAGCUGUGAAGGUGAUUUAGAUGAGAUAAAAGAGGACAAGAAGAAAAAGAAAAAGAAAGUGAAGAGUGAUAAUACUAAUGAGUCUGUAUCCAAAUUGCCAGUUUCAAACAAAAGGAGGGAAGAAAAGUGUAGUUAUAGUAAUUUGAAUAUUAUCGUGAUUGAAACUGUUGUUUCAUGGAUUUACAGGAAAGAAAGGUUUAUCUUCAGCAACUUCACGCAGAAUCUCAAAAGCUACUACGAGGUUUCCACUAACUCUAACACUAGAGAUGCUGCAUUUGAACCGAUACCAGUUGUUCAAAAACCCAUAUCAUCUGUAUUAGAGAAAAUCCGGAAGCGGAAGCUUGAAAUCUCGCUAAGAACUGGGAUGCUAAAUCACAAGAAUUAUGCUACUGAGGACAAUGGCAGUCAAAGGGACAAAAUGAUGGAAGUUGAUUUGGUUAACACUGACAGUGAAAAGAGAGGAGCAGAAAACAUAGCGAAAAAUGUGGAAAAUGAGGCACCUGCAUGUUCUGUGGAUGUAGAGAGUGGUCCAAAUACUUUAAGAAUGGAUAGAUCUGAAGAUCUUGCAAGAAAGACAAGCCAUGAAAAUGUCCCCACUCAAGUAGCAAGUGAGGCUUUGAACGAACUGCCUACACCUGCAUUUCGAGCUCCAGUUGAUGAUACUCAGGAUCUUUUUGAUGACUCCCAACCAACUAUUAAUAUAGUUGAGAAGCCUGAUGAACUACAGGAUAGUCCUUUGGAAGAAGAUUUUGCUCCAUCUUUAUUAGCUAUGAAUUUGAAGUUUGAUUCUGCUCCUGUUGAUGACAGAUUUUCAGAUGAAGAGGACAGUGAGAAAGAGAAUAUUUAUCCUCAUCCUUGUGGAGUUGCCGAUGGCAGCUCUUCUCCAAAAGGAGAUCCUGUGAAAGAUUUUGUUGAUGAUGAAGCUGAGGAAGAAGAUGAUAGCGACAAUGACCUGAUUCGAUCUGAAGGAAAGGAAGAUGAAGAUAUGGAUGUGGAUACUUUCGGUGGCCGAAUAGAGAAUCUUCUGAGAGAGAAGUAUGUACUUGCUUGUGAUCUAGUGGAUAUAACUAAUGAUACCGGAUAUCCAGAAACCUUCAAACCAUGGCUGGACAGUGCUUCUCAGAGUAGCACACCAUCAACCCCUUCACAACCCUCACAUAAAGAUCGAACCAGCAUUGAUGAUUUUUAUAUAAUUAAGCCAAUCAGCAGCGGAGCUUAUGGAAAAGUAUUCUUGGCCCGAAAACGAACAACGGGGGAUUUCUUCGCAAUAAAGGUACUCCAGAAAUUGGAUAUGUUAUGGAAGAAUGAUAUUGAUCGCAUAUUGGCCGAGAGGAAUAUAUUGAUCACUGUACGAAAUCCUUUUGUGGUUCGAUUCUUUUAUUCGUUUACCAGUAGAGACAACCUCUAUUUGGUUAUGGAAUAUCUCAAUGGUGGAGAUUUAUACUCUUUGCUCCAAAAAGUUGUUUGCCUCGAAGAAUCUGUUGCUCGUUCCUACAUUGCAGAACUGGUCCUUGCAUUGGAAUAUCUUCAUUCUCUUGGAAUAGUGCAUCGUGAUUUGAAACCAGACAACAUACUAAUUGCACAAGAUGGGCAUAUCAAGCUUACAGACUUCGGAUUGUCAAAAAUUGGACUCAUGAACUGUACCAGUGAUUUAUCUGGAGCAGAGACCGAGAAAUUUGAUGUUGUACAUGGGCCUGAUCAGCUCAAUGAUGAUUCAGAAGAUAAUCACCGGUCAGCUGUUGGGACCCCGGAUUAUUUGGCACCUGAAAUUCUUCUUGGAACGGAGCAUGGUUGUGCUGCAGAUUGGUGGUCUGUUGGAAUUAUCCUAUUUGAGUUAAUUACUGGAAUUCCACCAUUCACUUCCGAGAAUCCAGAGAUAAUCUUCGACAACAUUCUUAACAGAAAAAUCCCCUGGCCAUCUAUUCCCAGUGAGAUGUCUUACGAGGCCCAAGAUUUGAUUGACAGGUUUCUUGUUCAUGAUCCUAAUCAGCGUCUAGGAGCAAAGGGAGCAUCAGAGGUUAAAUCACAUCCCUUUUUCACAGGAGUGGACUGGGAUAAUCUUGCCUUGCAGAAGGCUGCCUUUGUUCCACAACCUGACAGUGCAGAUGACACGAGUUACUUUGUAUCUCGUUAUAAUCCCAUUGGAAUACAAGACGACGAAAGUUCGACUUCUGACAGUUCUGAUUUGCAAUCAAAUUCUGGACUUGAGAAGUUGGCGGAUGAAUGUGGUGAUCUUGCUGAUUUUGAUUCUUCUCCUUUUGAUCUUUCAUUGAUGAACUUUUCUUUUAAGAAUUUGUCACAGCUGGCAUCCAUCAACCAGGAUGUGCUCCUGCAAAGUGGGAAGGAUUCAUCAUCUCCUUGUAAAGGUAGACAAUUUAUGGAUAACAGGAACUUCGAUUCAGCACUGAAGAAAUCUAUAUGCAACCUUGGAGGCACAUAAUUGCAGCGUGAAGUAUAAGGGUCGUGCAAUGAUGAUACUACAAGUUUAACUCAGACGCAGUUCAUUUUGAAGGGUAGAUGUUCUUUCCUCAUAAUCAAGUAAAUAAAAAACCCUGAACACAAUUGAGCGAAGGGAAUGAGAAGAUACUUGGUCGUGAAAAGAAAUAUAUGGAAACUUACCAAUGCGAACAUUUACAUUUACUUGUUGCACAAAUAUUAUGUUGAAAUAUGGUGUGUCAAAGUUGAUAUUUCAAGUGUUUUGCAAGUUGUUCGUGGUGAACAUUUAGUUGGAAUGCGAAGAUGACUAGUAUAUUUACUUGAUUA